GACAGAGACAAGAUGCCUCAAGAUUUACCUCCCGUUGGUGGCUAUGAGCCCGUCCAAUAUAAGAGAAACCUGCCCGCGCGCGGCUUCCGGCCGUCGGUGUUGCUCAUGGGAGUCGCGGGCAUCAUGGCCUUCGGGUUCUACAAGGUCGGGAAGGGGAUUCGGGAACAGAAUGAGCUCGCGCGUGAGAAGAUGUGGUCGAGAAUCCACCUCAUCCCUCUCCUGACGGCCGAGGAAGACCGUGAUCUGGUCAGGAGGCACCUUGCGGACCAGGCGAGAGAGAAGGAGUUGUUGGGCAGUGCUAGUAGCCCUUAUAAUUCGGACAGAUUUGUGCGGCCUACUUACGCCAUCACCCCGAGUCAGAAAUCGAACUAGAGGGUCUGUUUGGGGGACGCAGGAAUUGCAUGCGAGAUUGUAAAUAUUGUAUG